GUUGUUUCAUAUGGUUAUCUUUAAAUACUUGUUAUUUUUAAGGGGAUAUCUACAGAUUUUUUUAAAAUAUUUUUUAUUGGAUUUGCUAUUUGCAAGGCAAAAUGGACUUUUGAGGGUCAAUAUAUGUUUAAAUGAAAGCACUUGGUUCCCUGAACAAAAAAUUAAAAGUGUGCUUUGUAGUCCCAUUUAAGAAAUCUUUUAGUUACAGCUAGCAUAUCCUAACACGGUUAGAAUACUCCAUAUUAAAAUAAUUGUCACAUUAUCAGAAAAAUGUAUCAACUUAAAGGAAAGUGCUAGAAAUCCACAUAUGUACUUUCCAGCUAGUUUUUAAAGCACCUUGAUACUGAUACAACAUUAUUUGUGAUGAUGAAAACCUUUUCUCAUAAAAUCUUUAGACGAGUUUUUCUCAAAGUGAUUAUUACCACUGUUUCUAACUGACAACCAAAUAUUCUAUAACUGUCUUACUGAAUUUUUUUCUGCCUUUAAAACAUGUACUAAUGUGUGUUAAAUCAGCUUUGGUCCAGAUGGUGGAAAAGGAACAAGGGAAAGCAAUGAGCUGUUAAAUGACCUGCCCUGGAGAAGAAAAUCUAAAGGACAGGAUAUGGAAUCAUAUCAACGUUUUGUUUAUACUCUGUUUUGCAAUGUACCUGCUAAGAAAAAUUAUUAACUUACCCUCAAGGGUGGAUAAACUUAUUGAUGUUUUAGGUAAUAAACGAGGCACUCAUUUCAGCACGAAAGACCUGGAAUCAAUGGGAUAUCAUUUUUGCGAUUCUCUCUUGGAUUAUUGUGAUCCCGACCGGACCAAGUAUUAUCGGUGCCUGAAAGAAUUAGAAGAAAUGGAAAGACAUAUAACUCUGGAAAAAGUCUUUGAGGAUUCAGACACUCCUGUGAUAGACAUUACAUUGGAUGUAGAGUCUAGUAGCCGAGGCUCUGACAGUUCAGAAUCCAUUGACUCUCUGACUUACCUUCUCAAGUUAACUUCUCAGAAAAAACAUUUCAAAACAAAGAAGGAAAGGAAUUCUACCAUAGCAAGCCACCCAAAUGCCAGAGAAGGACAAGAGGUUUAUGAUAGAGGACAUUUGCUGCAAAGACACAAACAAUCAAAUUCUGAUGUGAAAGAUACAAGGCCAAAUGAACCAGAUGAUUAUAUGGUUGGUUAUUUCAGAAGACAGUUACCUGAUCAAGGUUUGGAUCUGCACCACAACUUAAAAAGCAAAAUAAAAGAAUGCAUAUCUUUCCAAAGCAAGAAGACUGGCGUAAAUUGGACAGAUGAUGAAAAAAGAAGCUACAAGGAUAAAGGAAUAGUUCAAACUCAAGAAAUAUUGCAGUAUUUGCUCCCCAUCAUGCAUAGCACUAAAAACAUGCAAACCACUCAGAUAAAACAGCUACUCAAUCCAAGAACCAACUUCCAAAUCCAACAUCAACUAAAUCCGGCUACUUGCAGAAAUAUAAAGAAAUACAGCACAUCUUGGACAGCACCCAGAAAUCACCCUUUUGUAAUCCAAGGGGAUGUUAUGGCAAACUCUUCAGAAUGGGUCCAGUCUAAGCCCCACGGGUCAUUGGAAAGUUUAUCACCUCUCAAAGGCCCGAAGAAGAAUAAAAAUUCUCAAAUCUGGGCCAUGAAGAAUGAAGACAUAAAACCUCUCAGCAGCAAGUGGGAGGCUGCUUCUUCAAGCUUUGGAAUGGAUGCAAAUGUUCUAAAAUAUAAGAGUCUUCAAGCUGAAGAAACUAACCAGCAAAGCUCUAAGCAUACAGCCCUCCAUCUAACUAAAAAUAAGGAUGAGCAGGCCAAUAAGAAUGAUGGACAACCCACCUUAUAUCUGAAGUUCCAAAGGGAGAGUUAAUCUAGCUUUAUACUGCUCUGAGAACUGUGAAUGAAGGAUAACAUAUGCUUAUGUAGUAAAAAGAAAAAAAGGAAAGCCCUCCCCUUCCUCUUUCCCUAUCUCUCCCCUUACACAUGCAUAUGCAUAAACUACAAAUUUUAGAUAUCCCAUCUUCUGUAGUGGGAAUAUCUUUCAGAGAUUUAAAAAGAAAUCAGAGAAAAUAUGGAAAAAUAUUAAAGCAGAUAUUUAUAUUUAGUUUUUAUCAGCAUGGAAAAAAAUCUCUGAAGUUUUGAUUUCUUCCAAAACUACUUACGCAUUUGACACCAAAAAAAUUUAAGAACUCAAAGUAGGAAUGACAUGUAAUCUGUCACUGACUUUAACCUCCCUACUAGACACUUUAAUGAAUCAGUCAACAAACAUCAUUUCCUGAUUUUCUGUUACAUCACUGCUGUGCUAGGAACCAUUUCUCUCUACUAGGAGAUUACCACAUAAUUGUACAGAUAAAACAUACCUGAAUAAAAUGAUUACAGAAUAA